AUACCGUUUGUGUGUAAAUUUUACCUGCCUUGUAAACAAAAAAUAUCGUUUUGUUUGUAAACAAUGAAGUGUCAAUAAAUUAGAAAAAAAACUUUAUUCGAUAAAGACUGAGGCCUCAAUUAAGCUUUAACAAUGGCAAAAAAUACAUCCAGCUCGGCGUUCCGGAAAAUUGACGUCGAUCAGUACAAUGAGGACAACUUCCGAGAGGAUGACGCUGACCAGGCCUCAAGUGGGAUGAUUGUCCCAGAUGAGAAUGAAAUCACCACUCUGCUCAAUCAAGGUAGGAAUAUUGAUGCUCUGAAAGUGGUUUUACAAAACGCUCCUCUCCUUUGUAAGAACCAGCAAGUCAAGGAUAACGCAUUGAAUUUGACGCUCAAGGUGCUGCUCUCAAUCAAAUCAUCGCAGAUCGAUGCCGCUAUCGAGUCAUUGGACGAUCCAGAGCUGUGCGAUGUCCUGAUGAAAUACAUUUAUCGUGGGUUCGAAAUUCCGUCGGAGGGCUCCAGCGGUCACCUGUUGACCUGGCACGAGAAAGUGUUUGCCAAGGGUGGAGUCGGAAGCAUUGUACGGGUACUCUCAGACAGUGCCCGCGCUUAGGCGGUUCUUCCGAGAAACAUCUGGCAACAUUUUGCAUUUUAUUUGAACAAUGCCCACAUUUGCUUGAGUCUAGUAUUACAUGCAUUAUAUUACAGUACUUUUGUUAAAUAAAGGAAAUUCGACCCACGUGUGUUUAGCUAUAGUA